AUGUAUGCAGUUGACGUCCAAGUCAAUGGGGAAACAUUUCGUUUGCUUGCCGAUACAGGCAGUUCGGACAUGUGGUUGCCGUCCCAGGAUCUCAAAUGCGUCAAUAGUAUGUCUCAGGAACCGCCUCCACCAACAUGCAACUUUACCAAGUUCAUAUCUCCAACAUACUCGGGUGGCCAGAUUCCAAAUCGACACUUCAACAUCACCUAUGCGAACGGCAAUUCGUACCUAGGAACUGUUGGCUAUGAAUCUGUCUCUAUAGCGAAUUUGACGGUACAGAGACAGGUAGUAGCCAAGGUCAAUUUUGCCGAUCAACACACACCAUUUGAAGGUGGCUGGAAUGGCCUUCUUGGUCUCGGCUUCCCCAACCUCACCAGUGCCUUCCCAGGAUUAGAUCCGUCCAAGGAUAACAUAUCCUAUCCAAAUCCUCAUAAUGCAAUUCCAUAUAACCCAUGGAUAAUGAGUGCAUAUGAGAGCGGUAUUAUUAAGAAACCAGUUUUCACACUUUUGGUCAAGCCGGUGGGCGGACCAGUUGGAGAAAAUGCCGGUUCCUUGAUCAUAGGAGGAGCUGCACCACCAGGUUUGGUACAAUAUCGCGGGGGCUUUGGCCGUGCCUCACUCAGAAGAUAUAACCCUCCGUACCGUAAUUACUUCUGGGAUUUCAUCCCUAAUGGCAUGGCACUCGGCGACAAGUACAUGCCGUGGAACGAGACAGCUUUCGACAAUGGAACUCAGGCGUUUUCUGUGGACUCGGGUAGCGACUACACAUACCUUCCGGAAUCAAUCAUGACUCCAUGGUUGGAAUCCUUCAAUCCACCAGUUGUUUAUGAUAGUCAAGGUGCAAGCUUUGCACUAUGCAAUGCUACCUUUGAUUCAGUGGCUAUCCGUGUUGGUGGAGAAGAUUUACCAUUCGAAAAAUCGUCUUUGUUACUACAGCCGCCUUUUGGCGCAGUUAAUGGUAAGCCAGGCUAUUGUUGGACUGGAAUUCAGCCAUCGGGCACAACACUAGGAGGAACAUUCCUAUCUAAUGUAGCGGCAACGUUUGAUAUGACUCCAGGGUUAGAGAGAGUUAUAUUUGCUAGUAUAGUAAGACAGUAA